GUCAUGUUGAUUUCAAGUGGCUGUGCUGCGCUGAGAAAGUGAUAAAUAACGCGAGAUUCUCAGCAAAUACGCUGUAUUUAGUCAAUGAUUUGGAGUGAAUGAGAUGAUCAAUCUGGACCAUUGUGGAGUUCACGUGAUCUGAGCGAUUCAGUGUCCUGGAGGAUGAAGCUGUUUAAGCUGCACACACACCAAAAGUCCAACUAUGCUGCCGAUCUGCUGCUUCAUCCCAAGGAACACCCGGAUCUCAGCCUGGGCGACAUCGUGGAGAUCUACCAUCCGGACGACGAGGGAUGUCGUCUGCUCCUGCAAGUCACCACUUUCUACGAGGAGUUCAAAGGCCGAGAGACUAUCAGCGUGGAGACGAACAUUGCGUCGACAUUCAACCUGCGCACGUACGCGGAUAUCAUAAUGCGGCGCGUCGAUCCGGCCGCCGUGGCGCUGGACUCCGUGGAAAUCACGUUCAAAGACCAGUAUAUGGGCCGGUCGGAGAUGUGGCGCCUCAAGAGUCACUUCAUCAACACAUGCGUGUACAUCAACAAGAAGAUCGAGUACUGCGAGGGUUCCAUCCGGUGCCAGGUGUACGAGAUGUGGGCGCAGGGUGACCGCGUGGCGUGCGGCAAUAUCACGGCGGACACGAAGGUAGUGUUCAGGAGCAGCACCUCGAUGGUCUAUCUCUUCAUCCAGAUGUCCUCGGAGAUGUGGGACUUCGACAUCCACGGCGAUCUGUAUUUCGAGAAGGCGGUCAACGGCUUCCUCACGGAUCUCUUCAUGAAGUGGAAGAAGCUGGGCUGCAACCACGAGGUGACGAUCGUGCUCUUCUCGCGCACCUUCUACGCCGCCAAGAGCUUGGAUGAGUUCCCGGGUCACAUGAGGGAAUGCCUGCAGAUGGACUACAAGGGCAGGUUCUACGAGGACUUCUACCGCGUGGCAAUCCAGAAUGAGCGCAAUGACGACUGGAGCACGAUCCUCGUGGAGUUGCGCAGGCUCUUCACUGGCUAUCAGAACACUGUGCUGAAGUAUCACGAGCGGCCAGACAUUGUCAUUCCGCCGGCCACGAACUCCACCGCUGCGCAAGGGAACUUCCUGGAGGUGCUCAACAUAUCGCUGAACGUCUUCGAGAAGCAUUACUUGGACAGGAGCUUCGACAGAACGGGCCAACUCUCUGUCGUCAUCACGCCGGGCGUGGGCGUCUUCGAAGUCGAUCGCGAACUGACGAACAUCACGAAGCAGAGGAUUAUAGACAACGGCGUUGGGAGCGAUUUGGUGUGUGUCGGCGAACAGCCGCUUCACGCGGUGCCUCUGCUGAAGUUCCACAACAAGGAUUCAUCUCUGAAUGCCGACGAUUACUCCAUGCCGCACUGGAUAAACCUCAGUUUCUACUCCACGAACAAGAAAGUCGCCUAUUCCACAUUCAUUCCGAGGAUCAAACUGCCUCCGCGACGUCCGGACACGGAUCGAGAUGAUGAGGAGGACAACUUAACGUUCAAGUUCCUACCGGAUAAUCACACAGAAUACAUCCACAACUCCCUCUUCGACUAUGACGCCUACGAUGCGCAGAUCUUUCAAAUGCCACCAGCGCACGGAACGUGCUCGCUUCAGCGCCCGCCGAGAACUAAGAAGACAUCAGUUCCCAGCUUAGAAGGGUACUUGGCGUCGGCCAACAAUGAGUGGUUGUCGACGUCGCCGCGGCAAAUUCUGAGGCGAAAAAUGUCUGAUCCGGAUAUUCAUCAUGGUGGAAAUAGCGUAUUGAGCAACUUGAGUCAAGUGGACUCGCCGACAGGAGCUAAUCUCUCGGAGUCCUUCAAGCUGACCGAGAAGACGAACAGGAAGGGAUUCAUCGGCAACGGAUCGAUCAUUCGGCCGGGAAGAGCGCUCAUCAAUCCCUUUGAUCCCUCGCACGUCACCAUCAAGCUGACCAGCAAUCGUAGACGCUGGACGCACAUCUUUCCAAAGGGCCCGACGGGGGUGCUCAUUCAGCAGCAUCACUACCAGGCCAUCCCGGCACCCAAGUCUUGCCAGAGCGCAUACAGCGAAGUAGACGCCAGUGACUACGCCCACACUGCCACGUGCUCCAUCGCCGAGAGCCUGGACGACUACGCGCGCAUCGAGAGCGUCAGCGAGACGGAUUCCGGGACACCGCGGCGGAAGAUCUCCACGCUGCACUCCGCUGCCGGGCAUUCGGUCACUGUGACGCCGUCAAAGAGCCUGACGCUACUCUGGGGCGCCACGGGAGAGCAGGAGUGGACACCAGCGCUGACCACAGCCGGAAAGAUCAUCAUAGGAGUGGAUUGGAAGUCGCUGACCAUUCCAGCUUGUCUUCCAAUCACCACGGAUUACUUUCCCGACAAGCGAUCGCUGCACAACGACUACGUGGUGUCCGAUUACACUCUCCUGCCGGAGGACGUGUACGCGGACUACGCCACGAACAGGGCGGUGUCGCAGAAGCCCCUGACCACCGAGCAGGUGUUCAAGGAGUUGAUCUCGCAGCGCCUGGCGCAGGGUUUCCAGCUGAUCGUGCUGCCGGACACGGUGAAGCAGAAGCCCUCCUCGGCGCCGUGCUGCGGAGGCGUUCAGGUGCCAAAGUACUUCAUCCUGCGCACGCCGCCGCAAGAGGCCACGAAGGAGUAUCUCUUGUCAAUCGGCAGGAUGUUCCACAGGAUCUCCCUGAGCGGAUCUGUGAUCACCGUAACGCGCUACAGGCCAAGACAUCCUUAUCCUCCCAUAACUGUGGACUACCGCUAUCGCUUCCACGCACCGCAACAUGACACGUACGAGGUGUCAGGCGUGAAUUUUACAACGGAGAAGCUGGAGAACUACAACUGGAACUUCAUGGAUCAGUACAUCUGCACGCGCGGCGACACAGACUUUAUGCUGCAUGAGAACCUCAAGUACUGGCGCUACAGGAUGUAUCUUCUACCCAAGGAUCAUCCGGCGAUGAAAAAGAUCCUCGACGGACUGACGACGCGCUGCGACAUCUUUACGGAGAUCCAGACGGACUCGCCGAAGCAGCAGAUCGAGGAGUUUCUGCACUAUGUGGAGAUGCAUCUCAACAGAAUAAAGCGAGUGCAGUGCAAGAAGCCGCGGUUGCUCUUGCAGGGAAGCCCCACGUCCCAGCAGUCGCAUUUAACGAGGCGCCGCCACAGCACCAGCAUAAUCUCGCGGCCGGCAAAUCAGGCUCUUGGUAAUUCACCGUUCAGAGAUCGCGUCGGGAGCAAUCGAUUGCCUGAGAGAGCGCGACCGAGACUGAGUGGGAAAUCCUUGGCUGCAGGCCGGGCUGUUCAGGAAGCCACAGCAUCGGGUUUACCGGGAGAUUCCUUAAGCAUCGACGACUCGGAUGAGAGUCUCGCCGUGGAGAUCAAAUUUAAGGUCACAGAUCCUCUGAUGGACAUCUACGACGCCAUGAAGCAUCCUGUGACCGGAGUGCCCUUCAUUGGACCAGCGCAGAGCAUGCCAUCGUGCACUUUCGUGUCGUACGACGCGAUAAAGUGGCUGCAGUGCAGGAUUGAGGGUCCGUGCGAUCCCAUCGAGAUGCUGGAGCGUAUGCGACGGGAGAAGCUGAUUUGCCAUGCCUCCGGAGACUUCUCGAAGCCAAUCAUUGUGGGCUUUGUGCUGUACUAUAUCACGAAGCAGGAGAAGGAAGCCGUACCGCCUCUGGGCAACUUGAAAGCCUUCGAGAAUGAGUGGAUGGAAGUGGAGAUUGUGACGCCGGAGAUGAAGAUGCAGGGCGUGCAUCCGCACGAGGUGAACGUGCCUGAGUUCCUCAGGGAAUCCAUCGGGAGUGUUUUCAGCGAGGCACCGCUGUACAAGCAGAGCCACUUGGAGAUUGACAUCAAUCAGAAGAGCGACAGGAUUGAGUGGGGCCACGCGAGAUAUCAUCGCGUGAUGAUUCCUGGACACGCCUUCGAGAUCAUGGCGCAAUGGGUGAUCGCAUCGGGGCCGAUAGUUUACGAUCUGAUCUAUGGAUGGAGUAGAAAGGCGGCACAGUGUGGCUUUCAGCUCAUGGCAAUUCCCGCUGAUCCUCUGGCAGAGCCUUUCACAGAGAAAUCCGAUCCUCUGCGCGGGCCCAUCUUCAUCCCACUCGACACGGAUUGCCUGAAACAGAAGAGAGACUUCCUGUUCGAGGAGUUCAAGAAGGACACCUGGUCCACGCGAUUGCUACUCUUCCAGGAAGCCAUCCUGGCGCGGUUCGGUUUCAUGCCGUGCGCCGUGGAGACGAAAGCGGGCUCCAAUCAAGCGUCGUUAGACUUUCAGUACGUUCACUGCUCGGGAAAUAUGUUCGUGCUGGUGCCGUCGCCCCAUCAGGGUCUGAGAUCGCGCCAGAGACUAGCUUCCGGCGGGUCUCAGAAGAAGCCCACUUUCCUCAAACACUAUCCAGCUAGCACUGAUGUGCAGAGCCCGCAUGAGGCGUACAUCACGCGGCACGUGUCUGGGAAGAACAAGGACGACAUCGACACAAUCCGGAAGACGGGAUUCUUGUGGUCGUGGAAUCACAUGGUGCCCAACAAGAAAUGGAAGUCGCUGGUGAUCAACAACUCUCCGGACGGCGAGAUCAUCCAGCUGCGGAUGCUGCGCGACUUCAAGAACUUCUGCACGAAUCAGGAUCACAGGCUCAUCGCGUUCUGGGAUCAGUGCUGGGAGCUGAAGGAGAAGGCGUCAACGCAGUCCAUUGAGUGAAUUCAGUCAUUUGUAAUAUACUGAAAUUUUCUAUGCCAAAAAA